UCUAUUAUCUAUUGUAAAGCCUAGUAUGACUAAUGUGAAGCAUGAUAUGAAUCUGGUUACAGACAAUGUUUGCUGCCUGUGAAUUGGGAGUGUUUGAUGUCCUUCAGGAGGGUGCUGGUCCACUCUCCUCCAGUGCCGUUGCGGAGCGCCUUGGUACCAGUGCUGAUGGCAUGGAAAGACUACUCUCUGCAUGCGUUGGACUGCAGCUGCUCGAGGUCAGGGAGCAUCAAGACAACACCCCCUUGUACAGUAAUACAGAUUUAUCCAGAGUCUACCUGACCAAGACAAGUCCCAAGACAUUGCAUCAUUCAAUUGCAUACUACUCACAAACCAUCUACCAUUGUUUUUCCUAUGUGACUGAUGCCAUCAGGGAAGGGAAAAGCCAAUAUUUGCGGGCAUUUGGUGUUUCAUCUGAUGAAAUCUUUGAAGCUAUCUACAAGUCUGAGGAGGAAAUGCUGAGAUUUAUGCAGCUGAUGAACUCGACGUGGAACAUCUGUGGAAAGGACGUGGUCACAGCCUUUGAUCUGUCGGCUUUUACAAACAUCUUCGAUCUUGGAGGAUGCAGUGGUGCAAUAGCGAAAGAAUGUGUCUCUGCAUAUCCACAUUCACGAGUAACUAUCUACGAUCUCCCCAAAGUUCUGGAGAUGGCAAGAAAACACUUUGUGCCCCAAGAUGAAAAGCGGAUUCUAUUUCAUGAAGGAGACUUCUUCAAAGAUCCCAUCCCUGAAGCGGACCUCUACAUUCUGGCUAGAAUAGUUCAUGACUGGUCUCAGGAUAAAUGCGUGGAGCUGCUCACCAAAGUCCACAAAGCUUGUAAACCAGGUGGUGGAGUACUCCUGAUUGAAGCCUUAUUGAAUGAAGAUCGAAGAGGCCCCCUCACCGCUCAGCUGUACUCUCUCAAUAUGCUAGUACAGACAGAGGGCAAGGAACGAAUGGCCUCAGAGUAUGCCAACCUACUGGAGCUGGCCGGAUUCACGGAUGUGCAAGUCCAGAGGACGGGGAAAAUUUACGAUGCCAUUUUGGGCAGAAAAUGAGCUGCCGUCUAUUGACCAGGCUUCCUCGACAUAUUAAUUUACUUUAGUUUUGAGGACACAGCAUGGAAACAGGCACUCCAGCCCACCGAUGAUAGAUAACUCAGUGGGUCGGGCAGCAUAGCUGUAGAGAUAUUUCAGGUCGAGACCGUUCUUCAGACGCUUACAUCGACAAUAGACAAUAGACAAUAGGUGCAGGAAUAGGCCAUUCGGCCCUUUGAGCCAGCACCGCCAUUCAAUGUGAUCAUGGCUGAUCAUCCCCAAUCAGUACCCCGUUCCUGCCUCCUCCCCAUAUCCCCUGACUCUGCUAUUUUUAAGAGCCCUAUCUAGCUCUCUCUUGAAAGCAUCCAGAGAACCGGCCUCCACCGCCCUCCGAGGCAGAGAAUUCCACAGACUCACAAC